CGAGCGAGCGAGCGAGGCCCUCCUUUACGCACAUUCCAGACUCCUCCUUUCUCCCGGUUGCGUACGCCGCCCGAGAGCAGCGUGGGGCUGCCGAGCAAUCUACCCAUAUGGGUCAGACUGAGGGGCGGUGAAGCAACUCGGGCACUUUCCCAGGGAUGAGUCAGAGGACGGCGGGAUCGGCCUGACGGGGCUGAGGCCGGCCAUGCAGCGGCAGCCCGAGCCCUCUUCAGUCGCGUGCUUCCCGGCGCCGAGGUGCCAGGUGGAGCAGUCGCCGAAGCGCUCCGCUGCCCCGGACUCUCCGCCUGGGCGACCCGACCCCCUGCACACUUCGCGGUGCCGGCAUCGCUAACGCCUUCGCUUUCCCUUAUGGAUCCCAGAGAAGCCCAGGACGGGAGCGGCGGGAGCAGCCCGGAGCUGGGCCGGAGGAGGCAGCUGAGCGUGGGGGAGCUGUGCUCGCUUUUCGAGGCUCGCUGCGCGAUGGCCAGCCGGCAGCUGCCCGAGCCUGCCCGGAAGAGCUGCCGUCCCCGCAACGGGGUGCUCCAAGCGGUUAUCCCGCAGCUGACCGUAACUUCGGAGGAGGACGGCGGAGAGGCGCAGCGCAGUCCUGCCCUGCUGCCUCCGACGGAGCCCAACGGUGCCUGGCUGACCACGGACAGCUCGCUGCACCUGCUGCAAUCUUCCAGGCGGCUCUCGACGUCGUCGCUCUCCUCCACGGGCUCGUCGUCGCUCUUCGAGGACUCCGAGGAUGACCUGCUGAGCGACACGGAAGGCAGGAGCCAAGGGAUCGUUCACUUGGAGCACGGCGAGGAGACGCAACAGAAAAAGGCAUGGCAGACAAUAAAGACAAUUGUCAAUUUGCCAGUCAUCAGUCCCUUCAAAAAACGGUAUUCUUGGGUGCAGCUGGCUGGUCACACUGGAAGUUUCAAAGCAGCCGAUGCUGGGACGAUUCUGAAACGCCACUGUGAGAACGAGGAGAAGUGCUUUGAACGGCUGAUGAAAGAUUCACUGCAUUCCUGUGUCCCUGUCUUCCAUGGUGUGGUGGAGAGAGAUGGCGAGUCCUAUUUACAGUUGGAUGAUCUUCUAGCUAAUUUUGAAGGGCCUUGUGUGAUGGAUUGUAAAAUGGGAGUCAGGACAUACUUGGAGGAAGAAUUGACUAAAGCACGAGAAAAACCGAAGCUCCGUAAAGAUAUGUAUAAGAAGAUGAUAGAUGUGGACCCUUUGGCACCCACUGCUGAAGAGAACACACAGCAUGCAGUGACAAAACCUCGGUACAUGCAAUGGAGGGAGACCAUCAGCUCCAGUGCUAGCCUGGGUUUCAGGAUCGAAGGGAUAAAGAAGGCUGAUGGGACUUGUAAUACCAGCUUCAAGACAACAAAGACACGAGAACAAGUUUUCCAGGUUUUUGUGGAAUUCAUUAAGGGAAACACAACUAUAUUGAAAAAAUAUUUAAAGCGUCUGCAUGAAAUUCGUGGCAUCCUUGAGUCUUCUGUCUUCUUUAAGCAACAUGAGGUAAUUGGAAGUUCACUGUUAUUUGUGCACGAUGAAAGUGAACAUGCCAAUGUGUGGCUCAUUGAUUUUGGAAAAACUACCUUUCUUCCAGAUGGGCAAAUCUUGGACCACAGGAUUGCUUGGCAAGAAGGGAACCGGGAAGAUGGAUAUUUAUUUGGACUGGACAAUUUAAUUGAUAUCUUAGAAAGUAUGUUGGAGAGAUGAGAAAUACUAACAUGAAGUUGCUAACUUUUCUAGAAUUGCUCCCUCCGAAGCCUUUUAAAAUUCUUCCAGAACCUUGGAGGCAUCCAGAAUAUGGAAGACUUCAGCAAAAAAGAUGUAAUUCCUAACCAACCAUGAAACCUAAACAGUUCAAAAGCUAACCUUGAGUGCACCAAGCAAACAUAAGAUUUAUGCAAGAAAUAGGAUGAUUGUGAACAUUUUUGGAUGAUGAUCAGAACAUUUGCUUAUAUAUGAACCAACUAAUUCAGUAUUGCAGUUUAUUGACCUUGGGCUUAGAGUAAAAAAAAAUUUAUAUCAGAGAUCUCCUUCAAAGAAGAAAUCUUCAAAACCAACAAGCAGGCUUCCCUCCUUUCUCCAGCGUUUACACUGUAAAUAUUCUUGUGUUCGCAUAUGUGCAACACAUCUUGGAACUUGGUGCAGAAUAUAUAGAUUCAUAGUUUUUCUUUUUUAAAGAAAAUAAAUACUCUAGUUUCUAUUCUUGUACAGAAAAAAAAAUGAAAAUAUGCACAGAAUGCUGCUGAAGCUUCAGAAACCAAAUGGCAUCUCAUAGACAAUGCAAGAAUUUACUCUUGAUUCUAUCCACACUGUCUAACUUUCUCUUUCUUUGCUAAGCCAUGUUUCCUUUGAAUUAGUUUUUUCCCCUUCCCGUUCCUGCAAAAAUAUUAUGCACUACCCCUUCCAAACAUUGAAUACCAAAUUAACCUUUUUAACUUGCUCAAGCUCAAGUAGAUAGAUUUUUAAAUUGCCAUAUAUAUAAAGAACUCUGGGUAUAAUUGAUAUAAAACCAAUGUGUGCAAAGGACAUGAAUAGCCAUAUUUAUUCUGUUUCAAAAUUAGUGAGUAACUGUUUCUGUGUGUUUGACUCUCUCUGGUAGAGAUGCUUAACAAUUGUAAAAACUAAAAUGUUGGUUCUCAUUUAAAGAGAUUGGUUUCUAUCUAAUUGCAUUAAUGUCUCUAAAAAUAGCCUGAGACUGAUUUUAAGGUUCCUAAAUUUAAGUUUCUUGUAAUCCAAGAAAUUGUAGAGACAAAAAAGAGCCGUGCGUUUUAAGAUAUUUAGCUUCAGGAUAAAUUCAGUGACUACAGAAGUGACACCUAAUCAGUCACUAUGUAUUUGAAUGUUUGUGGGAUCCUACUUUAAUGACUCAGUUUAUGAAACGAAACAAUUAUUAAUUUAUUUAGUUGACACAGACUUCCCCCCGCCCCCCACAUCCAGGGACUAAGUCCUCAGCCUUGUCACUCAGUGAUAAAACAGUUUAAUCACCAAGUGGCUUCCUCACUUUGUACUUCUGUUUGGGUCUACAAGCAGGCUUUUGAAGGUAUAAGGGAAAAAUGUUCAAAGCAGGUUUGUGGGGAUGUUUCAGGUUUUUGAUGUUUAGGCUUUGUGUUAAAAAUCCACUCGGUACAUUAGUUAAACCUGGUAUAUUAAUUGAUUGUCUGGAUAAAGGCUUAGGAAGUGAAUGCGACAAAAGAGAAACCUUGCAAUAUUAAUUCUUGGUUCUUGUGAUUUGAGAUAGGCUUGAAGUCACACUGAUCAAAAAUUAAGACAGAUUGAUUUUACAGAGUAUAUUCCCCUGUUUGCUACAGUCUAGCCCAGGAGUCUCCAACCUUGGCAACUUUAAGCAACUUUAAGCAAAGCUGGCUGGGGAAUUCUGGGAGUUGAAGUCCACCAGGCUUAAAAUUGCCAAGGUUGGAGACCCCUGGGCUAGCCAUAUAAAUUCAGUGAUUAUGUGACCUAACCUUUGCCCUGUGCUAUUGUGAUUCAAGGCUUUGUGUAUGCUUGCUUAGAGUUCUUUUAGGCCCUAUAGCAAACCUGAAGAUAUCUUCUCUUCAAUAAUGGAGGAAGAAAAACUAGUCCUCCUGAACCAGUUGGGUGACCAUCAUACCUCUGUGGCUUCAUUUCUGUGGCCUUCUCUGUAGUUCCGUAGCAUGUUAGUGUCAUCUUAAUGGCUAGAACUGACAAAAUACUUUUCAGCUUUUGAAAUAUCUGAGGCUAAUUUUUGUUUGACGUAGUAUUUAAUUUCCUUUUCUCAAUAGAACAGUAGAGGAGAACUUUUCUCAUCCUUAGGGACUUCACUAAGUGGGCGAGGCUGAAAAUGUGACCCAGUUUUCUGGUUUUAGAAUGAAAAUGGCAUCUACUUCUCCCCUUAAAGUUCUAAGACUUUAAGGAAAAAAAUAAUAUUGUCCUGAUGUUUUGGUUGGUGCAGGAGAGGGUAUUAAAGGGUAACAUUAAAUUUAAAAAAUUGGCUUAAAAUUCAGCCCCACCCACUUUGGGAGGUUCUGGAGACUACACAUUAAUUGCUAGAGCACUGUGUUUUCUCUACUCUUCAUGUAGUCUGGGGUCCCCAACCCCCCCAGUCCAUGGACUGGUACAGGGCCAUGGAAUGCCAAAACCCAGGCCGCACAAACAAGUGAAGCCCCAUCUGCGGGAUGCAGGCAGCAUGCAAAACCCUGCCCCAGGGGUGAAAUGCUCCCAGUUCUGACAGGAUCUAGCGAUCCGGUAGCAAUCAUGGCUGGUUGUUCGGCGAUCCGGUAGCGAUGGCAGAGCAAAGUUCUGGCCACCUUCCCGGGUGUCAUUACUUCCUGGUUUUAACCAGGAAGUAAUAUGUUUUUUACCUUCUGCGCAUACACGCACGUAGCAUGUGCACUUCUGAACUGGUAAGGAAGGUAAGAAGAUUUCACCUCUGCCCUGCCCCCUUUGGUCCGUGGAAAAACCUCCCUCCAUGGAAUUGGUCUCUGGAGCCCAAAAGGUUGGGGGCCACUGCUGUAGACAGUCUGACGAGCGUUAAUUUUUAAAAAAUAACGGCCUCCCAUUUGCUUGUCAGUUUCAGCAGAUUUACAAGUCAGUUUCAGCCACUCUUUAAUUCUUUCAUCCCCAUGUCUCUUUUGGUCUAAUUGCAGAAUGCUUGAGAUGAUAUCAUAUUUUGCUAUUCCAUUAUGCAAAAAAACUAGAAGGCUCUGAUGUACACUAAAAACCAGAUAAUUAAAAGAAACCCUCACUUAUUUAUAGAUCAAUUCUUGUUCAAUAAAUUAAAGCCAUCCAGGCAACAAAAUCAUCAUUUGGUUGAAGAAUUCAAAAUUGCUGUUCAGAGUUUUUAAACUUUCAAAGCAACUGCUGAGCGUAACGUGAGAUAUCUUCUGAAAUAACUAAUUUUAAAAUAAACUUGUAAUUGGUCAGAAUUUUUAAAAAUGGCUACUAAAUAUAUUUUUAUAUAUGUAGUUUAUUUUUUAAAAAAUAGAUCUUAUUAAGUUAUCUGGAUGUAGAAUUUUGUAUAAUAAUUAGACAUGGGAUUGGAAAUUAUGAUUUGGAACAAAAUUAUUUAAAAAUGUAUUUCAGCCUAAAAGUUAUUUGUUGAUGUUUUUUUUUUGUUUUUUUAUGAAAACUUCUCAUUUACAUAUUGCUGCUUCUUAUACAUGUUGAGAAGAGCUCAGGACACCAGAAAGUUUUAUAAUAAACUUUGUCUGUGACCUUCCAUUCCAUUUUCAAAGCAUUCCAAGCCUAUUUUUCCCCCAAAGCACCUUUCUUCAGUUUCUUACAUCAUGAGCCAAUGCUUAACUCUUUCUUUGGGAUGAGGCAGGAGCAGGGCAGGCAGCUGCUGUCCAAUUGAAAAGUGAAGAAUGAAAUCAAUGAAUAAAAUCUGCAUUUUAGCUGCCUCUGAAAAAAAAGGGCAGUCUGGAAUUGCCAAGAUCUGCAAUGUUGUUGUUUGAAAUGCAUCCCAGCCAGGUUGUAUGUCCAGGGUAUAUGCCCAGAUGCAGAGAUGCUGUAACACUAUCAUGGAGGUAGGACUUCAUGGAACUAGAUAGCAAAAGUGCCUUGGGAAUAAUUUUGUUUUCAUUUUCUUUAGACUAGAGUUUUCCAAACGAUUGAUUAUUAGAGGGAUAUGCAGAUGAUAUCUUGGUGCACUCCAGGUGUUUAAGAUUAUGAGUUUCAACAUUGUUGGUUAAUUCCAACCAACCAAUUCCAAGAAGUUAAUAAUUUUGGUUGAAAACAUCUGUGGUCACUAUGAUAUCAACUCCUAGUAGAGGUUUCAAGGGAAGAGUUUAAAAUAGAAUCUUGUCAAGUUUUAUUUUGAGUGUCAUGGUAGAUAACACUAUAAAGGUAAGCUCCAUAUAUCCACCUUCCCCUCCCCCAAAUGUUUUAGUUAACUUCCGGUUUUUGGUUUUGAGAGUUUAGAAAUACUUUGGUAUUUCUCUGUACUUAUGUAUAGAGACUCUCCUUCUCUCCCUUGUAUAAAUUUUGCAUCUGGCAAUCUCUUACCUGUUGUUGUCUGUUUAAAGAGUCGCUGAGUUUUUGUUGCCUUUUGUUAUUUUUUUUUUAAAUCAUCCCAUGUUGCCUCUCCAUCUAAGAUCUGAUAGCCAAUCUGUAGUUUCUGACUAGUUAUUGCUCAGGCUACAGACAUAUAAUAAUACAUAAAGGAUAGCUUUUGUCUUUUCUAAUUUCUCUUCUUUGUAUCCUGAUCUUUGCAAGCUCUCUCUGGUAGGUUUGGCCUACCAUAUUUGACCAUAAUUAUCUUCUCUGGUGCCUUUUAGCUGUUUUAUUAAAAUAUGAUCUUUAGGGCUAUCUAGGAGAAACAGAUAGUUCCUAAAAGGAUCCUGAUCAAGGAAAUUUUAUGAAAUGCAUUUCGGUUUCCCCUCUCCUUUUAAAAGAAACAGCUGCCAUAAGUUUAAGUGGGGAAAAUGACACACUGAAAAUUACUUAAAAUUCAGUGCCACAAACAUUUACCUCUCCUUACACCUUCCAAGAAAUAUUUCUUUACUUCUUUAAAAAGUAGACAUGCUUUUCACACAGGGUUGUUGUGGGACUCCAUAUGUUGUUGUGAUGCAUUUACUUAGGAGUUGAAAGGAAAAGUGCAAUAUAGAGAAUGGCAAAUAAUUUUGUAUUUUAAGAGUUUUACAGUCCAUUAAGAAUUUAGUGGAUUUGAAAUAGAAAAGGCUGGAUAGCCAAUUUCAGAUAGCCAAGUUGAUUUUAACUACAACUUUAGUUUUAUUACUACUAGCAAACAAAAAGUUUUUCAUUUGUAGACAAUGUUGUGCCAAACACUACAGUGUGAAGAAUUUGGGUAUCCUAAUUGUAUGGGUUUAAGAACCUGAGUAGUCAAAAUGUGCUAUAACAAAUAAAUAUAAUUUUAAAAUGUUCAUUAAAUUUUUAUAUUAGAUGUCUUCCUGUU